ACUUCCGCUCUGAGGGAAUAUGGGAAUGGGAAAUGAGAUUUAUUUAUUAUUACAUGGCGCCUUGACGAGCUCAUGGUCAUUGUGAAGUGAGAACAGCACGACAAAGUAGGCAAAGAUGAUGAAACCAGAGACAGAAGAUCCUGACUUGGCUGCUAUUCAUGGGGAAGCCAGUGAUGAGACCAGUCUCAUCAGCCGCUUGGUUCAGUCCGCUGAUGGACACGACUAUGUUGUCAAUGUUGUUGUUCCUGAGGGUGAGUCAGAUUCCAUUGAGUCUGAGACUACUUUAGCUGUGGGAGAUGUUCAAAGUCCGCAUCCUGUGAAUCAACCAGAAGUUGCUGCCCAGCCUGUGAUGCUGGUGCGGUCGGUGGCUGAAGCCCAGCCUGUUGUCAAAGAGGAACCAAGUGACAUAGAGUGGUGUGGACAGACUGAUGCUGUUGAGACUGUUAUUGAGACUGCUGAGGAAAUGGUGAAAGAGGAGCCAAUAUUUCCGGUCACCUGGGGUUUGAAUAUCCCUACUGUUGAGCAGACAGAUCCUCAUCCUGUGUGCAUGGUACAGUCGAGGAAGGAGAAAGUGAGGCAACCAUUUAAAUUGGCUGUGGCCUAUAAAAAACAACGCAAGAAAAGUAAAAAGGCAGAACUGUUUACUAAAGUAAGAAAAAUCUAUCCCAAAGUUCAAGCAACUUUUCAGGAGGACACGGAGAGUAUUUCAACGGAGGACUUCGACUGUAGCCAACCAAGUACUGAAAGUGAAAUUAAGGAUCGUAUUAAAAGAAAGACCCCUUUGGAUGUUUCCCACUGCUUGGUUUGCAGUGCUACUUGUUUUCUGACCAAGAACAGAAAAAUCCCCACCCUGCCAUUAUGCAAGAAGUGCAAAAAAGCAUAUUUCUACCAGAUGGCGAGGAUGAUGAUGGGAAAGUUUCCCAAAGUUUGUUCAAAAGGAGGGAAUUGCAGAGUGGAUUUUCGUUCUCCGGUCCAGUGUCCUAGUUGUCGGUUGAUGGCAUUCCAGCAGACAAUUGCAAGAGAGCAGGAAGCUCACUAUGCACAAUCUGAUGUCGUUGGUACCAGUACCAGUAAAAAGGCACGUGGAAAGCGGAGGUCUUCUGGGAUGAGUGAGGAAUCUGGAAGUUGUAGCAGCUCAAGUUAUGAAUGCAUUCCACCCACCAAGCGUGCUAUGUUAAUACUGCAUGCAGCAACGAGCCACCCCGUUGUUAAGCUGAAAAGACUGAGCGAAGAAUGUCUCGAGAGUUACGGUGUGGCAUUGCCCGAUCCUUGUGAUGAAGGUAAAUUUGACUGUGAUGAGGAUAUCAAGCUGAACGUGUAUUUUGAGAGGCCUGUCAAGAGUGAGCCGUUUUCAUCAACAUUCUGGGGUCAACAAACGUCGAGUGAUGAUAAUCAAUAUGGUUCACCUGUUAAAACAAGGACACCAAAGACUUCUGGCUCAGUUUCAAUAAACAAGGGCUGCUCUCAGAAAAAAACUGACAAACAGACACAGAAAAGGAAGAAAACAGCGCCGAGAAGCAAUGGUCGUGUAGCCCGGAAGAAAGCCAGUGAGGUAGUCAAAGUGUAUGUUUUCGGUUGCGGCCACGCUUGCAGUGUAUGCAACUCUGGUUCAGCGCAGGAGUGGUUGAGUCAAAGUGGCUACCACUCGGCAUCACCAGUAGUUCCCUCCCUUGGUCAGGGACUGCUACAGGUGCAGGAAGAUAGUAGCGUCCAGGGUGGCCGGCGUAUGCCCUACAUAAUGAAACCACGCCCCAGUGUUUUGCCUAUUCAUGCCUCUAAUCCCAUGGAAGAACCAAGUGCUGUGCCUAACUCUAAGGCUCAGAAGCCCACUCUAGUACCGCCUUCAAUGUGGUCACAGGCUCGCCAAAAGCUGCCCCAUGUGUCAGUAUCUAUGUCUGGCGACAAUCCAAAGUGUAUUGAUCCCGCACCAUUGACACAACCUCCCCACAUUUCCUGCUCAUCUGCUGCCUCCGUUUCACUACAACAACAGACAUUUAAAGGUGGUGUUUCAAUGGUAAGACUUCCUUCCCUCGGAAACGAAAGUACCUCAAUGAUGACCACGUACCGCGAAGCCCUUCAAAAGCAUCUAGACAAGGCAUCAGUCUUACCAGUAUAUAAGCCAAUCCCAGCACUCUCAGUGUCCUUAGGUUAUGUUGGCACCCUAGACAAGGCUGCAGUUGUAAGCACUAUUCCCAUUCCACCCGUAAAAGCGCUCGAGAGCAAGCCCAGUACCAGUAUGGUUACUCGUCCUGCUGUGAUGAAGACUGUGUCCAAUCGGUUUCGGAAAUCGAUCCCACAUGCUGGUCAGAACGUUACCACUCGCACCAGCCAGGCAGACCUUGAGCAUGCCUCCUUGUGCAACAGUCACUCUUCUGCCUCAUCACCUUUGAACAGCCCUGUCACUCUACUGUCACCAUCAUCAGUGAUCAAGCCUGGAAAUAAUGCCACAGUAAUGCCACAACUUGGGUCUGGAGUACUUCAAAUUCCCUCGAUUGUUAACGUUUCCAAUCAGAAUAUUUCAGUUGACAAUGGUGAAUCGAGCGGUGGAAAAUAUGUGCCGUUGUUGACCAGUACAGGGUCUCUGGUGUUAGUACCUGCAGAUGGAAAUAACAGCCCAUCAGUAGUAAAUCUUACCAUUCCUGCUGUUGUGGGCCAACCUGUGCCUUCCACCAGUACUGCACAAACGGAGGCGAACUUAACAGGAAUUAGAAAUGUGAGUAACUCAGUGCCAGUGACUGCAGUCGCAUCUCAAAGGACACCCGUUCCUGUUAUUGGGUGUGGCACGCCCCUGAAGGAUCCAGGGGUCACUUUCAAGUCUGCCAUUGCAAAGUCAAACCCCACAAUUGCGUCAGCUAUCUCAAAUCCUAUUGUCGGGUCAAAGCUGACGUGUGUUACACCUCAGACGUCUGGCAAAAAUACCCAUCCACAUUCGGAGAAUACAUUAGAUUUGAAGAAAAAUGCGGCUGUGAAAAUCCUGAAUUCUGAAAUUCGUGUCCCUGAUGCCUUGUCCACUUCUACUGGUCCACCAGCUGACCAUUUGGUUAGCGCUGAACCCAUUGCCAUUAAGACUAACCUCAUAUCAUCGGUUGGCAGUGGUCGUGUCAGUAUUGACCCAAAGGUGUCUUCUGAGUCGGUUGAUCGUUGUGUUCCGUCAAUGACCACUAGUUUCAAUCAGCAGCGUGGGGAUGCUGUGUCUGGAAGUACAGUUGUUUCCAUCCAGCCAACUAUGGCCUUGGUUGACAGUGCCACUGCUCAGGCAGACCUUACAAGCUCAGGGACUUCUAUGGUCACUGCAUCUUUACAAGCUGGUGGUGGAAUCCCUUCUUUUAUAUCUGUCCAGGCAACAACUGCUGUUGAUAAUAAAACCUCAAAGGUUGACCCUAAUACUCGAGGGACCUAUAUACACACUGUGACCCCCCAGGUUAACCCAAUGACCUCCGCAGAUACCGCAAGUUCUCAGCUUGACCCUGCGGUGACCUCUGCCAAAUGUAUGAUCUCUAACCUUGGAAAAAUGACUCGGUCAAAGGUCCUAUCGGCCAUGGACCACAGUGUUCAACCAGUGACUUUAAGCGAGGCUGUGACCACUACUUCUCUUUUAACAUCCGUGCCAUCUGCACGACCAGUCGGUUGUUAUCACUCAAAGACUCCAGCGAGUUGUGCCACUUCCAGGGAUGGGUUGAGUCCUCCACAGGCUAGCAGCUCCACACUGGCAAAACUGGCAGCUCGUGUGGCCUCCACGGCUCACUGUUCUUCUGAACAAAUGUCCACUUCAUAAGCCAAACUUAUAUUAUCUUGCUACAUUCGUUUUUUUUGUUUUUUUUUGGUUGGUAUUUAUGAACAGAGUUGUUCAAGCUUUUUAUUUCUUGACUCUUGAAACAUAUCAAGAGUGUGGAAGACCUUCCUACUAAGUCAACUUGGAUGAAAAAUGUACUUCAGUUUUAUUAAGUGUAAAUAUUUCAGUCUCUUUAUACAAAAAAGGAACCAUUUAAGGUUUGUACCUUGCAAGUGCUUUCUUCUGAUUUAGAUUUAGGAAUAUAUAUUGGUAUACAUAUAUAUAUAUAUAUAUAUAUAUAAAUUUGUGUGUGUGUGUGUGUGUGUGUGUGUGUGUGUGUGUGUGUGUGUGUGUGUGUGUGUGUGUUUUUAUAUAUUUGUGUGUUGUAUGUGGGCUUUUACUUUUAGCUGUUUUGCUACUGAUAAAGUGAUAUUUGGAAACCAAGAAAUUGGCUUUCCUCUCUUUUCAUAUUUUUUCUAAAUGCUGUGAGAGUAACUGGGUUAUUGUAUAUAUCAAAAUGUAUAGAGAAGGGAAACAAUAGGGGCUUGUCAAAAAUUGUACAAAAUGAUUUUUUUUUAAAUGGCUGGUCUCCAAGAGUUCAUUUCGAAAUCUGAGAUGCUCUAAAAAUUGUAGAGUUGUUUAAUUGUUAAGAUUUUUGUCCUUUGUUGCAAAAUGUCUUUUAAAACAAAGACAGUUCAUUGAGCCAUAUAUGGCUUUGUUGUCAAAAUAUACUGGUAACACAAACUUGCCCCUAAGGUUUUGUGAGAUCGGGUCAAUAAUUGUGUGUUUGUUAUCAUUGGGUAGAUUUAUUUCUGUAUCAAGCUUUUUGGACACUCCUGAUACAUGUGUACAUGAUUUUGUACAGAAAUAAAAGAAAUUUCCAAUGA